CCAGUGCUUAGGGUGAGAGUGGCGAGUGAUUAGAGUGAGAGUGGCCAGUGAUUAGGGUGAGAGUGGCCAGUGAUUAGGAUGAGAGUGGCCAGUGAUUAGGGUGAGAGUGCCAGGGAGAGUAUAAACCUGUAUAUGAGGACUAUGUGCCUGGGUUCAGGGCUAGGAAUGGGCAGUAAGAGGUGGCAGUUGCAUGGCUGGCAGUUUAGGGCGAGGGUGCCUAAGAGCAUGAAGUAAGAAGAAGCGUCUCUGUUCCUCCCCGGUCAGACUUCUGUAGAUUUCUGAGUCUCUGCUGCGCUGGCUUCUGUUUUGCCCGUGACGUUGCAGUGGGCGUGUCCCCGUCCCCUAUAUAAGCGGCGGAGCUCGGAGCUCGGGAUCAGAUCAGCUCUCAGUCGCCUUUUGCUCUCAAUCUAAUGCUUCUCGCUCGCAGCGACUCGUGCUCCAUUAAAGGCGCCCUCACCGCAAUGAUCAAGAAAAUGUGCCCCAGCGAGACCGAACUCAACAUCCCACCCAAGAACUGUUACCGCAUGGUCAUCCUGGGCUCCUCCAAGGUGGGCAAGACCUCCAUCGUGUCUCGCUUCUUGAACGGCCGAUUCGACGAGCAAUACACGCCGACCAUCGAGGACUUCCACCGAAAGUUCUACAGCAUUCGGGGAGAGGUCUACCAGCUGGAUAUCCUGGACACCUCGGGCAACCACCCCUUCCCGGCCAUGAGAAGACUCUCCAUCCUUACCGGAGAUGUCUUCAUCUUGGUCUUCAGCCUGGACAACAGGGACUCCUUUGAGGAGGUGCAAAGGCUGAAGCAGCAGAUUAUGGAGACCAAGUCCUGUCUCAAGAACAAAACCAAGGAGAACGUGGAUGUUCCCAUCGUUAUCUGCGGGAAUAAAGUAGACAGGGACUUCUACAGGGAAGUGCAAGCUCAUGAGAUUGAGCAGCUGGUUGGAGAGGACAGUAAAUGCUCUUACUUUGAGGUGUCGGCCAAGAAGAACUCCAGCCUGGAUGAGAUGUUUAAAGCUCUCUUCACCAUGGCCAAGUUGCCCAGCGAGAUGAGCCCAGACCUGCACCGCAAGGUGUCUGUCCAGUACUGUGAGAUCCUACACAAGAAGUCCCUGAAGGGAAAGAAAGUCAAAGAGGAUGGGGAUGCCUAUGGCAUUGUGGCUCCCUUUGCCCGCAGACCCAGUAUCCACAGUGACUUAAUGUACAUUAGAGCCAAGGCGAUAGGAGGCGGCCAGAGUAAAGACAAAGAGAGGUGUGUGAUAAGCUAGGACUUCACAGAUCUGGCACGGUUGCCUUUAUAAAUAUAUACAUAGAGAAACACAGAAAGACCGUGGCGUUUUUGGAAGAAACCAAAGCCAAGAUGGCAUGACCGUUGAGGGGUUCUACUUGCCCCUCCAUGCCUUCUGGUGGCUGGUCAGGCUGAUGUGGAAAAGGAGAAUCAAGCCUGAUGGGGCAGACGUUGUUGCAAGAUGCACUGAAGUUGUGCAGGAGCUUUAAAGUGAUGAUGGAACUAGUGGAGUGGACACUCUUUACUUUGAGAAACUCUAUUAUCUGUUGAACCUCCCAGGCUGGGGACAAUGUGGGGGAGGAGGAAUGUUAAUAACUGUACAAGGACUGAUUGAAACAAAAGGAAAAAAAUGUGAUUUGUUUACACGGUGCCAUUGUGCCCUCAAUCGGAGUAUUGGAUGAGAACAAAUCCAAAGUGGUUAUACUUUGUGCUUUAUUUGCAGUGUCUUUAUUUUUCUACUCAAUAAAUAAAAAGUAAAAUCCA